CCAAUCUGCUCAGUUAAAGCAAGGCCUUUAAGCUUCUGGAAGGAUAUUUCCUGCUCAUUAAGGCUCUGGCUUUCCUGGAGCUGCUGGCCUUUGUCAUUCUGAGUGUGGGCAUGUUGGAAGCACAACUCAGGAAAAUUUGCUGAAGAGGAAGGCAAGAGGGAAAUCGGCAUUCGCUGUGUGUCUGCUGGGUGCUGUCUUCUGGAAAGCCCUCUGAAGUAAGAGUCAUAACUGUCUGCAUUUGACAUGCCAUGGAAUCCAAGCCCAGAGGGGUUCCCUGUCCCUACACCACGCUGCUUCUCCACCAGGAUACCCCAUCUGCUCUGAAACGUCUAGGAGGUCUUGCUGAAUGGGGAUGGUGGCCCUCUGGGGCACCCUGGGACUCUCCACCAGGGCCCUGGGCCACCACCUCCUUGCUGCAAAUUGCCCCAGGUUUGUUUUCUUUGGCUCCCUCAUUAAUGAGUUCCACAGGACAAUGCUAAGUCUAGUUAGGCAGCCUUAAUUGGUUUAGUUACAACAAGAUAAUUCCUUUUUUCUUCUCUUGGAGGCCUUUUUGUUUAAAGACAUUUUAGCUGGAAGAUGCUAAUUAUCAAUGAGGAGAAAGUGACACCUGAAGAGUUCAUUUUCCAUCUUGGUCCUUGGUGUCUCCUUUGAACUCCCCCCACCCGGCCCUCUUUCCCACUUUAUCACUUCUCCCCCACCAUCAUAAAAGGGAGCUUGCCCUGGCUGGCGGCAGAACUUUCUUUCUCACUUGCCAGGGAGCCGUUCUCUCUGCAGCUGUCUCCCAGGCAUGGACAACCUGCGUGAGACCUUCCUCGGCCUCGAGGAGGGCUUGGGCCCCUCCGACAGCCCCGGCCUGCUGUCGUCCUGGGACUGGAACGACAGGGCAGGGCCCUUUGAGUCGAACGAGGCCUCCCCCACUCAGAGCCUGUCUCCGGCUCCAUCGCUGGAGUCCUAUGCUUCUUCUCCCCGUCCAGCUGUGGCUGGGCUGCCCUGUGGGCACGGAGGUGCCAACAGUGGGGGCAGCGGUGCCUGCGGUGGCCGUGGGACCGGUGGCCUGGGGGAGGUGGACUACAACGUGUUAGCCUUCCAGCCUGCCUAUCUGCAGGGCGCUGGUGGCCCCAAGACCCAGAAGGGCGCCAAAGUCAGGAUGUCCGUGCAGCGGAGACGGAAGGCCAGCGAGAGGGAGAAGCUCCGAAUGAGGACCUUGGCCGAUGCCCUGCACACCCUUCGGAAUUACCUGCCACCUGUCUACAGCCAGAGGGGCCAGCCGCUCACCAAGAUCCAGACGCUGAAGUACACCAUCAAGUACAUCGGAGAGCUCACAGACCUCCUCAACGGCGGGCGAGAGCCUCGGCCCCAGAGCGCUUGAGCUCCACCCCAGGACCACGACCCAUCCUGGCCCCUGGGAGGGGACAGGAGAGCUUUCAAGACCUGGACUAGCUCACGCAACAACAGCGCGUAGUUAUUUUUUUUAAUAGAGUAAGCGUGGUGACUUUGUGGUCUGAAAAGUCCCGAGGGAAUUCCCACUGGGAACACUUAACAGCCAGACAAGCAGGUAUUUUCUCGUUUUCUCAUGGUUUCUCAGGAGCCUGGUGCCUUUGCGAAGAGACAGAUUGCUGUGCCCUUCUCUGCCUGUCCGAGGUAUUUUAGAGGGCCGAUGACUUUAAAUGCAUCUUGUCCGUAAAGUAAAAUUGUCACGAUUAAUCUUCUCUCCUUAUUUUGGUGGUGGGAGCUUUCUUUCUGUUGCCGACUAAACCCAUAUUUUGUGUAGCAUCCAGCGUGACACCUGGAUUCUUAUUUAGAAAGAUGUGUAUCAAGUAAAGGGCUAUAGCAUUCCUGUUUUUAUUUUGUCUGUGUGCUUGUGUGUGUACUUGUGUGUGUGUGACUAAAACCGUGCCUUUUCUUUUGCAGGAGCCCAAAUCACGUAAAUGCAGAAGGAAUUAGCGUCAUGGUAAAUAGCAAGGCACAGGCAGACAGACCUCAUUAAGAUACAGUGAAGUACA